AUGCCGCUUUUUGAGAUAGUCGGAGUCACUUCGACCGAAAAGACAUUCAACGUUGUUUUUGCCUGGCUCAGUAACGAAAAGGAAGACAACUUUAUAUGGGCUCUGCAACAACUGCGUUGUCUGUUAAGGCGUGAAGCAAAUUUGCCGAAGAUUAUCUUGACGGAUAGAGAUUUGGCAUUGAUGAAUGCUAUUCUGGCUGUGUUUCCAGAAGCGGCAGCGUUGGUUUGUCGGUUCCAUGGUACGAAGAAUGUGAGGACCAAGGCAGCCGAGCUGGUCAAGGUGAGGGAUGGUGAAAAGGUCAAGGCGUUGGACAUGAGGGAAAAAGUCUGUUCGGCUUUUGCGGAUGUGUUAGAUUCGUGUACCGAGGCCGAGUAUACUGAAAAUGUUAUGACUUUUAGGAAGUUAUGUGAGAGGUGGCCAAAAUUUGUGCAGUACGUUGAAGAGACAAUUUUGGACACCGACAAAGAGAGGGUUGUGAGUGCGUGGGUGGACAAGUAUAUGCACAUGGGCAACCAUACCACAAAUAGAGCCGAAAGCGCCCACGAUGUCUUGAAAGGUUACUUGACCGACGGUCUCAGUGAUUUGGUGAAGGGUUGGGAAUCGAUACACAGAAUGUUAGGCAAUCAAUUCACCCAAUUACAAACUGAAUUUGGCCACAACAUGUCUGUUUAUGGACACACAUACCGGGAUCAAACUCUUUACUCAACUUUGAUGUUUAAUGUCUCUAGAUGUGCAUUGAAAUAUAUUCACACUGAAUCAAAAAGAGUUGAGUUUACUGGUAUGGGUAGCAUGAAGUGUAGUUGUCUAAUGAGGACUAACUAUGGGCUGCCAUGUGCGUGUUUGAUUGCCAAGAAACUGCUACACAAUAAGCCCAUUAGACUUGAUGAGGUGUAUAAACAUUGGAAGAUAAUGUGUUUCCAAGAUGAAGAAGUUGGUGGCGACGUCGAGGACGAUUAUGCGUGCACGGCAGAGUGGCAAGCAAUUCAGGAACGAUUAAGGACAGCUGAUGUAAGCAUGAAAAAUGAGAUCCGAGAUCAACUCCGCAAGAUUGCGUUUCCUGUAAUCACCGAUGUGGAGCCUCUGACCACAAAUGUAAAAUCAAAAGGGGCUAAAAAGAAAAAGGUGGUCCGUGGAACAAGAUCCACCAGCAGAGAUAAGUCUCAAUGGGAGCAUGUUGAAGAAUAUUUCACGGAGACACAAGCUUCGCAAUCAUCAAAGCCGUCUCCGUCAAUUUCGUCCCACUCAAGGCCAUCAUCAUCACAACCUAUCGCAUCAAACCCUAUGCCUACGGUGUUUGAAGCUCCUCCUACUGUGUCCAACCCAUUGCCUCUAACCUCAUCUCAAAUUUUUGGCAUUAACCACAUGCCAAAAUUCAUGCAUCCCUUCAUUGAAGAUAUCACCAAUGUGGACGGUGACGGCUAUUGUGGGUACCGUGCCGUUGCAUUGGCUCAGAGAGGCAACCAAGAGGAUUUUGAGCUAAUAUGGUGCAGCAUGAGCAGGGAGUUGAGAUUGAAUAAGGAUAUGUAUGUUGCUAUUUUUGGUUGCGAGAAGCGUUACCAAUAUAUUUGUGAUGCACUACUCCCACCCCCGAGGACGAGACAACGUAAUAGUAAUAGGAAUAGUGUUGCACCGAGGGAUAAAUGGUUCACAUUGCCGAAUAUGGGACAUGUCGUGGCCACCAUCUUGGAUAGAGUAGUUGUUCAGCUCUCCAUACUUCAAAACGGACCUGGUGAAACCUUUUUCCCAUUGCUUUCCGUUCCGGCACCAAACCCGUCUUCAAAGGUUAUUUGCCUUGGCGCGUUACCGGAUCACUAUGUUUUGGUAAAGCUGAAAGUUGGAUGUCCGAUACCCAAAUCAAACAAAUCGUGGAAGCAAUAUUGUGCUAAACAAAGUUUGGGUUGGGAAGAUUCAUUCAUAGCUGCGCAACAUAGGUUCGAGGAGAUGAUGAGCACCGAGAACGUUGUCCCCAUCAAAACAGUUGGUGCAGGCAGUAGAGAAACUCCAUUGGUGAUUGACUGA